AGAUUCAGAGACGGAGAGCGUGCAGAUUCAGAUGGCGAUUGACGAAGGUUUCCAGGCAGUGAAGGAGGUGAGAUGGCGACAUAGCGUGAAGGAGAAGAGGGUGGAGGUGAUGGCCGAUUUGAUGGAGUCGGUCGUCGGAGAGCCGAAAGGCAGGGGAGUGCGAGGGAUGUGAGUCGUCGCUUCGAGGGGAAUGGCGGCCGCCGAACGGUGUGGCAGCAGC